AUGACGCAUAAGAUCAGCUUGUUGCCUGGUGGCUGCACCGGGGGAUGUGAGACAGAGAUGUCUGCGCUGAAAGGACGCUUGGCCCGACUGGAAAGAGAGAUGUCCAGUUUAAAAGAGAAAUGUCCAUGUUCUGCAAAUUGUCCAAAUGACUGUAGUGGCAAUGGGGAAUGUGAGAAGGGGAAAUGUAUCUGCCAACAAGGAUUCAUGGGUCCAGACUGCAGUAAGUGUGCACAUGGAGCUGAGUGUAAUAAAAAAACCUCCAAAGGAAAAGUCAAGAUAACCGUGGAAACAGUGACCCUGCAGGUGAACAAAGAAAAGGAAAGCAUGCAGGAGAAAACUACCAAAGCAGAGCACACACUCUUCCAGAAGAGGGAGCAGAAGAAAGGGUCUGACGCCAAAGAGACUGACACCAAACCCAAAGUGUCUACUAAUGCUAAAGCAGGUCUUGUUAAGACACAAGCAAAACAUGAAGCCUCUGGAAAGAAAAUUACUACAAAAGACUCUUCAAGUGCCACAAAGACCAGUCGCCCAACUGUUGGUCAAGUUCUUUUGAAACAUGAGGGAAGAAGGCAGGAGGAGGCCCGCAAAGGCAAAACAACAGUCCUGACCUCUAAAAAGGUCCCCCCAAAAAAUAGAUCUGACCAACUAAAAGAUCAACCUCAAACCAAUGUUACCCAGAGUAAUGUGAAGAAAUCGAAUGGCACGGCUAGAAUUGUGACCAUUCUCACCAGGGUAGAGGGAACAAACAAAACCAGAACAGGUAAGGAGACCUUGGAGCAGUCCACACUGGCUGAAAAAAAUGUUACUCAAUCAUCUGGAAAUAAACGCACCAAGAAAGUAAAAGUAGACACUACAAAUGUGCAGUCUGUUGACAGCAGAAACACUGAGGCUGACAAACUUGGAAAAGAGAAGUUGAAACAGAAGAGUCAGUAUCUGGUUAAUUCAACCAUUGCAGCAACAUCAGUCGAGACUCGAGUUCUGCAGAAUAAAACAACCAUCCAUGGCUCUGACAGUGUGAGGAGGAUUGGAGGAUCUGGAUUGGGUUCUGUAAAGGUUGUAAACAUCUCUUCCUAUAGCUUCACUGUCACAUGGUCAGCCCCACAAGGGAUGUUCAAGAACUUCACAGUGAUCAGAAGAGAGCCACGGACAGAGGGAGACGAAGAUGACCAAGAAGAGUUCGAAGAUGAAGCUCUUGAAGGAGACAAGGCCUCCACAGUUAAGAACAAAACUGAAGUCCAGGUACAGAGUGAGAGCGCAAACUCAACUGCCACCACCGGUAAAGGUGUUGGAUCUAAAGGCAAAGCUGAAACAAAGAGGAUCUCUAUGGUGGUCCCUGGCAGUGUACGCUCUGUGGAGUUCAGUAACCUUAGGGCAAACACAGGCUAUGUCCUGCAUGUGUAUGGCACUGCAGCUGAGAGGAGAUCAAAGAUUCAUAGAGCAACUGCAAUUACAGGUCCUGAGCCAGCCACAGAGAUGGUUUUCAGCAAUGUAACAGAGUCUUCUAUCACUGUUUCCUGGACCAAACCGAAGAUGACAUUCUCUGGCUUCAGGGUCACGUUCCUGAACAUCGUCACAGGUGAGAGCCGCUUUGUGACAGUGGAGUCGCAGCGAUCUCAUGUGGUUCUGUCGAAGCUGUCUGCUGGAUCCUCCUACAUUAUCACCGUAAUUGCUACACAAGGCAGAGCCCAGAGUGAUGCUCUGACAUCCCUUAUGACCACAGUGCCGGCUCCUCCAACACAUCUGCAAGUUGUCAAUGUGACAGAUACCAGAGCUGUGCUGCAAUGGACCCCAAGUCUGGGGAAAGUAGACCGGUUCAUCAUCAGCUAUGAGUCUUCCAAGACUCCUAAUGUGACAGUGACUGUGAUGCUGUCUGGAAACUCAGUGGAGCACCAGCUGAGGGGCCUGCAGAGAGGCACCAUGUACACAGUCAAGGUCUUGAGCCAGAAGGACAGUCUGCAGAGCAUGGCCAUCUCAACCACAUUUACAACAGCUAAUGUGGUUAAAGCCAGUGAGGUGGGUGCCCGCUCUGCUGUGAUAGCAUGGAGAACCACUGUUGUUUAUUACAGCUACAGACUGACCUACCAGGUGGCAGGAGAGGAGACAAAGGAGGUGAUCCUGGACCAAUCCAUCACAGAGUAUAUAUUGACAGGGCUGUUGCCAAUGUCAAGAUAUACUGUUCUGGUACAAGGCGAGAGAGAUGGACAAUACACAUCUGUUGUCACCACAGAAUUCAUUACAGGCAAACUGCGUUUCCCUUUCCCUACUGAGUGUUCCCAAGAGCUGCUGAAUGGAGCUCUGCAGUCAGGAGAGGUGGAUAUCUACCCGCAAGGAAAAGAGGGACAAGCAGUCAGAGUCUACUGUGACAUGGAGACUGAUGGAGGCGGCUGGACAGUGUUCCAGAGGAGGAUGAAUGGAAAAACAAAUUUCUCCAGAACAUGGAGUGAAUACGGUGACGGCUUUGGAAACCUCAGUGAAGACUUCUGGCUUGGAAACAAGCUCCUUCACAACCUGACCAGUGUGGGCCCUGUGAGUCUGAGAGUGGAUAUGCGAUCCGGAAAUGACACCGUAUACGCUCACUACGCAAACUUCUCCGUUGAUUCAGUGGAGAGGCACUAUACUCUUGCAGUGUCUGGCUACACUGGAACUGCAGGAGACUCUAUGAAGUACCAUAAUGGACGCCCAUUCUCAGCCCGGGACAAGGACCCUGAUCCUCUGGGGAUCCACUGUGCCAGGGCCUACAUGGGAGGCUGGUGGUACAAGAACUGCUACAAGGCCAACCUCAAUGGCCUUCAUGGCAUCAACAGUAAUAAUCAGGGAGUAGUCUGGAUAGAAUGGAAAGGUAAAGACUCCUCCAUUCCCUUCGUUGAGAUGAAGUUCAGACCGUCCAGGUUCUCUCCUGCAACUCAUGGCUAAGAUUACGUCAGUCUUCAUUCA